CUCUGAGAAGGGACUCCCCGCGCUCCACGGGAAGAGGGAAGCCGCAGCCGCCGGGUUGUGUCCGUGGCGGACGGGACCAGGCUCGGCCCCAGCCCGGCUGCGCCACGGGGGCCUGCCCGGCGUGGGAGAGGAGGAGGAGGAGGAGAAGAAGGAGGAGGGACUCCGCAGCGGCAACAACUGACGUGUCCCCGCCAUGGAGCUCGGCGUGAUUCAUCAGCGGCUGCGGGGCGGCAGCGGAGUGCCUCGCACCGUCCGCGUGUAGGCACGACAGCGGCGGGGACAGCCCCAGCCCCAGCUUUGCUCCGCUGUCCGCACCGCCCUCCUCCUCCUCGCCGCCUGCUCUGCUCCUGCGGCGACGCGAGGAUCCCGGGGGAGGCAAGAUGGAAGAAAUCCUGCGAAAGCUGCAGAAGGAAGCGUCGGGCAGCAAGCACAGGGCCAUCAAAGAGAGCUGCACCUGGGCUAUCGAAAGCUUGGAUUCUCCUGAUGCUGCUAUCAAGAUACCUCCAUAUCAGCUAAGGGAGAAGUGUCUCCUUCCUCUCCAACUAGCUCUGGAAUCGAAGAGCAUGAAGCUGGCCCAGCAGGCUCUAGCAGGGAUGCAGAAGCUGCUGUCUGAUGAGAGGUUUGUAUCCGUGGAAACCGAUUCAGAUGAGAAACAAUUGCUUAAUCAGAUGCUGAAUGCCGUCAAAGUGACUCCUUCACUCAAUGAAGACCUGCAGGUUGAAGUGAUGAAGGUCUUGCUCUGUAUAACAUACACCUCCACAUUUGAGCUGAAUGGGAGUUCAGUGUUAAAGAUUGCUGAGUUGUGUUUUGCAUGCUAUAGAGCUGGAAGUCCCCGAAUGCAUGAAAUGAUCAAAAUGUCCAUUGCACACCUCCUUGGGGCCCUGAGCUCUCGCAUUUUUACUGGUGCUUCUUCAUCAGUGGCUUUUCAAAAGGUUUGUAUUGAGACAUAUGUAUCUAGCUGUCACCAGCGAAGCAUUAACACUGCUGUGCGGGCAACCCUCAGCCAAAUGUUGAGUGACUUGACUUUACAGUUGCGACAAAAGCAAGAAAACAUGCAGACAAUUGAAAACCAUGACACCUUGCAGAAAUUCAAGAGUCAAGGUACUUCAGCUGAGUCUCUUUGUGAUGAUGUUGUAUCUGUCCUCACUGUGCUCUGUGAGAAGCUCCAGGCUGUCAUAAAUGACAAUCGGCAACUUCAGCUUCUUUACUUGGAGUGCAUCCUCUCCAUGUUAAACAGCUCCUCUCCCAGCAUGCACCAGCACAAAGGAUUCACUGAUCUAAUAUGGAAGCAACUGUGCCCAGCCCUAGUAGUAAUCCUGGGAAAUCCUAUCCAUGACAAAACGAUCACCUCUGCCCACAGCAGCAUCUGCCUUGAGGCUGAUUCUACUUCCUCGGGGAUCUCUGAUCAUGGACGGGGUUCAGGUUGUUCCUCCACAGCACCUGCCCUUAGUGGGCCUGUUGCACGAACCAUAUAUUAUAUUGCAGCAGAACUGGUUCGACUGGUGGGAUCAGUGGAAUCCAUGAAGCCUGUGCUGCAGUCUCUCUAUCACCGGAUAUUGCUUUACCCACCACCUCAGCACCGAGUAGAAGCCAUCAAAAUUAUGAAAGAGAUACUUGGCAGUCCUCGGCAACUUUGUGAUUUAGCAGGGCCCUGCUCUUCUGAGUCAGAAUCCAGGAAGAGGUCUAUUUCUAAAAGGAAGUCCCAUCUGGAUCUUCUCAAGCUUAUCAUGGAUGGGAUGACAGAAGCAUGCAUCAAAGGUGGUAUUGAAGCAUGUUAUGCUUCAGUGUCCUGUGUCUUUGCCCUGCUUGGAGCAUUAGAUGAGCUGAGCCAAGGGAGGGGUCUUAGUGAAGAGCAGAUCCAGCUGCUGCUUCGACGCUUAGAAGAACUGAAGGAUGGGACCGAGACAAGCAGGGACUCCAUGGAGAUCAAUGAUGCUGACUUCAGGUGGCAGAGGCGCAUCCUGUCCUCAGAAAAUCCUGCCUGGGAAUCAGCAAAUGAGAAAAGUCCUGAUAUUAGCAUUAGUGUUACCACAGACACUGGUCAGACCACUUUGGAAGGGGAUAUGGGACAGACAACUCCAGAGGAUAAUCCAGGAAGUCAAAAAAACUCACUACCAUCUCCAGCUGCACGUGAAAGCAGAGAGAUUCAUUAUAGAGAACCAGAAUCAGAAACCAUUGACCAGCCAGAUGUUGUUCAGAGAAGCCACACCAUAGUCUAUCCAGAUAUAACUAACUUCUUAUCAGUUGAUUCCAAGACCCGGUCAUAUGGAUCCAGAUACAGUGAAAGUAACUUCAGUGUAGAUGACCAAGACCUUUCUAGGACUGAAUUUGAUUCAUGUGAUCAGUAUUCCAUGGCAGCAGAGAAGGACUCGGGCAGGUCAGAUGUCUCAGACAUAGGCUCUGACAAUUGCUCCCUGGCUGAUGAGGAGCAGACACCACGAGAUUGUCCAGGGCACAGGUCCCUACGUACUGCUGCUCUGUCUCUGAAGUUGCUGAAAAACCAAGAAGCAGACCAGCACAGUGCACAGCUAUUUAUCCAGUCACUUGAAGCUCUUCUUCCUCGGCUUAUAUCUCUUCCCAGCAUAGAGGAGGUGGAUGGAGCACUUCAGAGCUUUUCUUCAACAUUCUGCUCAGUUACUCACCUUAUCCACGCCCCCAAAGUGACGACAGUGGAAAGUCCGAGAAGGCAGCAGCACAGAGCUUUCAAACCCUCACGAGGUAUGAUGCACUCACCAGGAUUUGAGGGAAACCUAAAUUUCAGCUUCCAGACUCUGAUGAAUGCAGACAGUCUCUACAUGGUCUCACAUUACACUCUGCUGCUCAACCUAAAAUUGGCCAACUCUGACUACUACAGAAAGAAACCUGCCCAAGCCCCUGUGUUGCUGAAGGAAUUCAUGAAGCAGGUCCAGUCCAGUGGAGUUUUGAUGGUAUUUUCCCAGGCCUGGGUUGAAGAACUGUACCACCAGGUACUAGAAAGGAAUAUGCUGGGAGAAGCUGGAUACUGGGGAAGCCCUGAAGAGCACAGCCUUCCACUUAUCACCAUGCUGACCGACAUUGAUGGCUUGGGAAGCAGUGCAAUCGGUGGCCAGCUAAUGGCAUCUGCUUCAGCUCAAUCGCCUCUUUCCCAAAACCAGAAGACAGAUGAUUCUGUUGUUGCAGGAGUUGCUUUUGCCCGAUACAUUUUAAUCGGCUGUUGGAAGAACUUAAUUGACACUUUGUCCACACCACUGACUGGCCGCAUGGCAGGCAGCUCCAAGGGGCUGGCAUUCAUCUUGGGAGCAGAAGGAGCCAAAGAGCAGAACCAAAAGGAGAAGGACUCCAUCUGCGUGAGCCUGGAUGGACUGAGGAGAGCAGCCCGGUUGAGCUGUGCUCUAGGAGUUGCUGCUAACUGUGCAUCUGCUCUUGCCCAAAUGGCUGCUGCCUCCUGUGUCCAAGAAGAGAAAGAGGAAAAAGAAAUCCAAGAGCCCAGUGAUACUAUAGCUCAAGUGAAACAGAAAGUGGAGCAGAAAUUGGAACAGAUGGGCAAAGUGCAGGGAGUGUGUCUGCACACUGCUCAUGUUUUGUGUAUGGAUGCAGUUCUUAAUGUGGGCCUGGAGAUGGGAAGCCACAAUCAGGACUGUUGGCCUCAUGUAUUCAGGGUUUGUGAGUACAUCAGCACAUUGGAGCACACCCACUUCAGUGAUGGUGCUUCCCAGCCCUCCCUUACCAUCACCCAGUCACAGCAGGCACCUGCAGGGCUGCACACAGACUCUGAGCCUGGGGACUCUGCCCAGGCACUGACCCCUGAGCAAGAGACCACCCUCAGCAACAAUCCUGUCAUUCAGCCGGUUUCUAUCCAGGAACUCAUCAAGGAGAGCAGUAAGGGCAGAGCUUUUGACUUCCGUGGAGGCAGUCUGCUGUGUGGGACCAGUGCUGCCAAGGCUGUUCUCACGCUUUCUACACAAGCUGACAGGCUCUUUGAAGAUGCUGCUGACAAGUUAAACCUGAUGGCACUGGCAGGCUUCCUUUACCAGCUCAAGAAGGCUUCUCAGGCCCAGCUUUUCCAUUCAGUCACAGAUACAGUUGAUUACUCCCUAGCAAUGCCAGGUGAAGUGAAAUCUACCCAGGACAGAAGAAGUGCACUUCACUUGUUCCGACUUGGUGAUGCCAUGCUCAGAAUCAUAAGGAGUAAAUCUCGGCCGUUGCUCCACCUUAUGCGCUGCUGGAGCCUGGUGGCACCCCACCUUGUAGAGGCUGCUUGUCAUAAGGAGAGACAUGUGUCUCGGAAGGCUGUCUCCUUCAUCCAUGACAUCCUCACUGAAGUGCUGACGGACUGGAAUGAGCCUUCUCAUUUUCACUUUAAUGAGGCGCUUUUCCGCCCCUUUGAGCGUAUCAUGCAGCUAGAGCUGUGUGAUGAGGAUGUCCAAGACCAGGUGGUCACCUCUAUAGGAGAAUUGGUGGAAAUGUGUUCUACCCAGAUCCAGUCAGGAUGGAGACCCCUGUUCAGUGCCCUGGAAACAGUGCACAGCAGCAGCAAGUCAGAGGUUAAGGAGUAUCUUGUAGGAGAAUACUCUAUGGGGAAACGCCAGGCUCCUGUGUUUGAUGUCUUUGAAGCAUUUCUAAACACAGACAGCAUCCAGGUCUUUGCCAAUGCUGCCACCAGUUAUAUUAUGUGCCUUAUGAAGUUUGUCAAAGGACUGGGGGAAGUAGAUUGUAAGGAGAUGGGUGACUGUGUGCCAGGAUCAGGACCUGCAUCUACAGACUUGUGCCUUCCCGCUCUUGAUUACCUCAGGAGAUGUUCUCAGUUGUUAGCCAAAAUCUAUAAAAUGCCCUUGAAACCCAUCUUCCUCAGUGGCCGGCUGGUUAACUUGCCCCGAAGAGCGCAGGAGCAAUCAGCCAGCAGUGAGGAUGGUAUUGAGUGCAUCCUUUCCGACUUUGAUGAUGACACUGGCCUUAUCAAUGUCUGGGUUAUUCUGCUAGAAGAAUUAACAACAGCCAUAUCAAACUGUCCCCGUCAGCACCAGCCUCCUACUUUGGAUCUGCUGUUUGAAUUGCUGAGGGACGUUGCCAAAACACCUGGACCAGGAUUUGGCAUUUAUGCAGUUGUACAUCUUCUUCUUCCCACGAUGUCUCUUUGGCUCCAUCGCAGCCAUGGUGACCAUUCAUACUGGGAUGUGGCAUCUGCUAAUUUCAAGCAUGCCAUUGGCCUUUCCUGUGAACUCGUAGUGGAGCACAUUCAAAAUUUCAUACACUCAGAUAUUGGUUAUGAAAACAUGAUUAAUACUAUGCUGAAAGAACUUUUCAAGUUGCUGGUAGCCUGUGUAGCAGAACCAACAGAAAUUAUUUCCAGAGUUGGCUGCUCUUGUAUCAGGUAUGUGUUAGUGACAGCAGGGCCUGUUUUUACUGAAGAGAUGUGGAGGCUUGCAUGUUGUGCCUUGCAAGAUGCAUUCUCUGCCACUCUGGAGCCAGUAAAGAACCUAUUGGGCUAUUUCCACAGUGGUUCUGAAAGCUUUAGUGGAGAUGCUUGUGAAGUGAAGGUGGCAGCCCCCUCCCUUUCGCCAAGCGCUGAAGCUGAAUACUGGAGAAUCAGAGCCAUGGCACAACAGGUCUUCAUGCUGGAGACCCAGUGCUCCCCAAAGACCCCUAGCAACAAGGAAGGAUUUGAACAUGCCCAGUCAUGCGUGCUCAUCAUUGACCUGCCACCAGAUAAGAAACCAAAUGGGCAUACCCAGAGAAGUAUUCCUUUCAGGACGAUAGUGGUGAGUUUGCUGUCCCACCAAGUACUGCUCCAGAAUCUAUAUGACAUCUUACUGGAGGAAUUUGUGAAAGGCCCUUCUAACUUGGAGGAAAAAAUGACAAUACAAGUACCAGAAAACAAGUUGGCUGGUUUUCUCAGGUACAUCUCCAUGCAAAACCUGGCUGUCAUCUUCGACUUACUGCUGGAUUCCUAUAGAACAGCCAGAGAGUUUGAUACCAGACCUGGAUUAAAGUGCUUGCUGAAAAAAGUUUCUGGCAUUAGUGGAGCUGCCAAUUUGUAUCGCCAGUCAGCAAUGAGCUUUAACAUCUACUUCCAUGCUUUAAUUUGUGCAAUCCUGACAAACCAGGAGAGCAUCACUGCAGAGCAAGUGAAAAAGAUCCUCUUUGAGGAUGAUGAGAGAAGCACAGACUCAUCACAGCAGUGUUCUUCAGAAGAUGAAGACAUUUUUGAAGAAACUGCCCAGGUCAGUCCUCCACGAGGGAAGGAGAAGAGACAGUGGAGGGCUCGAAUACCAUCCCUGAGUGUACAGCCUGUCAGCAAUGCAGACUGGGGGUGGCUUAUCAAAAGGCUUCAUAAGCUCUGCAUGGAACUGUGCAACAACUAUAUCCAGAUGCAUUUGGACCUGGAGAAUAAUGUAGAGGAGCCUCCAGCAUUCAAAGGUGACCCUUUCUUCAUUUUACCAUCCUUUCACUCAGAAACCUCCACCCCAUCGACUGGAGGGCAAUCUGGGAAGGACACACCAUCAGAAGAUGAUCGGAGUCAAAUCAGGGAUCAGCUGGGAGACAGCCUGACACCCCGAGGAGGGACUGGAGAAAUAUUGCUGCUACCCCCACCCCUAAGUCCUAAACCAGAGAAGAAAGAGCAAACCAGGAAAAAAGAAUGGUGGGAGAGUGCUGGCAACAAGAUCUACACCAUAGCCACUGACAAAACUAUCUCCAAGCUCAUGACAGAAUACAAGAAAAGAAAGCAGCAACAGGCCAUGACAUCCUUCACCAAAGAGGUCAAAGUGGAAAAGAAAGGAGAACUUCUUGGUUCAAGAGGGCCAGACUCACCCAUACUCCAGCGUCCACAACAUCUUAUAGAUCAAGGUCAAAUGAGGCAUUCAUUCAGUGCUGGUCCGGAGAUCCUGAGACAAGAGAAGAGACCACGCUCAGGAUCCACAGUCAGCUCCCUGAAUAUAUCUGUUAGGGAUGCUGAGGCCCAGAUACAGGCAUGGACCAACAUGGUGCUGACAGUUCUCAACCAGAUUCAGGCCCUGCCAGACCAAACUUUCACAGCCCUGCAGCCAGCGGUGUUUCCCUGUAUCAGCCAGCUGACCUGCCAUGUGACAGAUAUCCGUGUUCGCCAAGCAGUACGGGAAUGGCUGGGAAGAGUGGGACGAGUGUAUGAUAUCAUCAUUUAAACCUAGCUGUGCUCUGUUGCAAAGGGGAGAUACAUCAAAGGUAUACAGCAAAGAAGUACUUGGGGUUUAUUAAUUGCCUGUUUGUUGGUGGCACAUUAAGAAACAAUGAACUUGUCAAUGUAUAUCUUAUGUCUGCUUGAGACUGUGUCCCCCCCACUCGCACUAGCAAAGAUGGCAUAGCAUGAGUAUGUCCAGCAUGGUCUGGAAUGGCCCCAGAACACAGAAACUACCAGUAAAUCAGGCUGGUACCUAAAGGGGUGAUACAUUUCAGUAGCCUUCAUUUAAUUCAAAUUUGCAACAGUGGGAGCCACAAUAAACUGCAGCAGAACUUCCACACUUACAAAUAGCUGUGAACACAACUGUCAUCUGGAUGUCAAACCAGGCCAAUAAGCCUAUGUAACUUUAAAAAAAGAAAUAAAUAGAAGGCAGGGAAAAGGUGGGGCUGUGGGACAAGUGAAAAACUGACAGUUGUUUAGGGUAACCUUUUUCCCUUCUGAAAUAAGCAUGAGAGAAGAAAGCCAAAUAAAGAUUACUCUCGUAAUUGUAAUUACUAAUAUUCCUCACUCGAGAAAGUAAGUGGAGAUUUAUUUGUCUCUGAGAGGAGCCUUUGAAAUCUGGUCACAUUUGGGGUAGCUAAUGAGUGACUAUUAAAGUAUCCCAAGCCUAAAACUGGUGAACAAAGCAUAGACUAUUCAUCCUUUCAUUGCUUUUGCGGAGUAUUGCUUUAAGACAAAUAGCACUGUCAAAGCUGCUCUCUCUACACCACUACUCAGUCUGCCUAUUCAGCUACACCUACAGCUGAUCAUUUUUCCAUGGUUUUAGUUCCCGCUAAGGGCAACAAGGAAAUUUGUUUUGCUGUGUCCUAUGAACCUGGGGGAGAAGACACACCACAGAGCAAAUAGCAGCAUGUGCCAAUAUUCAACAUUCAGCUUAACAGAGUAAAGUGGUCUGGUUUAAGCAACACUGAAGCUAAGUUAGUGUAUGCUUCUAUCUGGAAAUGUUUGUUUACAUAGGCGGCUGUAGCCAGGAAGACCAUUAUCACCUUUGUUAAACUUAGCUUAUCACUCCACAUUGGGCUGAACUGAGAUAAAAAAUAGACUGAAAGGAAGGUAUUUUUCUUGUUUCUCUCCCAUUUCUUGUCUGCUGCUGUAAAUUGAAAGGGAGAGAGUCUUGGAGGUACAUCCCCCUCUGUGCAGCACUCCUAUAGGGACUACUACCAUUUGCUGAUAUUAUUAAGGGGAAGGCUUUACUACCGUGUUAUCAAAUACACAUGUGAUGCUGUUCACACUAGAAACAGCAAAGGGUUACCUGCUGCACAAGUUACGUUACAGCCUCUGAGACACUCCAUCUCAUACUCCCAUACCACAUAACUUACUGAUUAGAAGUUGAAAUAAUUUGUUGAAAAUAAGUUGAUUUUAAUCUUAGGUGACCACUUAAUGAUAUUCUCCCAAGGCUUUUAAAAUGUGCAUACCAACUAAAUAUACAGCUUCAGUCCCUGCUCCCUCCAUCUUCAAAAUGGCAUCUCUUUGUAUCAGCCCUUGAUUUUGCACAGCUAACCCCUUCUAGCAUCUUAAACAUAGAGAAACAGAGGGAGCCAAAAGGCUCCACUGAACAGCCGUCACCCAAGCUGAUGUGUUUACAAAGGGUCUGACACUAUCCUCCUGCCUUUUCCUCCCAAUUCCCAUUUAUCACUUGCUAGACUUGUGCAGGGAAUAUUUGUCCCUUAACUUUCUGUAGUGUCAGUCACACCAUUUUUUCUUUCAAAACUUUCCUUUGCUAAAUUCUUUCAAGGACAUAAAAAUUCUGUAAAACCAACUCUUUCUUACCACCAACACUGACUUCACAAAUAAGUAAUUAAUUUAGCGAUUUUAGCAAUUGUCAAUUUUCCCCAAACAAUUUUAAUAUUUCCUUGGGGAAAGGUACAAUUAGACCUUGUUACCUGGGAGGGUUUUUGCAUGGUUAGAUUUCUGUUGCCAUGUCUUUCUUACACAUCUUCUGGUAGGUAGACGAAGAAGUUUGUUACAAUUUUGUUAAAGGUCUUAUUGGCCAUCUAUACAGAGCUGCUUUUAAAGCAGUACAUUAAUUAGGCAACAACAGAAAUCAGAAUAAUAAACUAUGCAAAACAUCCAAUUCUGUUUUUCAUUAUACGUGCAUGGAAUGGAUGCAGAUCCUUGCUGUACUAAAGUAAAUCUCUAAAACAUGUUGGAGAAGUAAGACUGAUAGCAGUACCAGUGGAAUCACUCCAGACUCCAGCAGAGGGCCUAACAUCCAGGAAACACUGUGGUUUUGUGUCACAGUUGCAAUACAAAGUCCUUCUGUACAACAGAAGGAAGAACUCCAGGAAUGACAGUACCACCCCAAUCAUGUCCAGCUGUAC